CAUUGUUUAUACUCUAUUUCGGGAACUGGAAGCAUAGAAAUAUGGAAGCUGAAGAAUCUGUAAUUUCCCCAUCGGUUUAUCUUGAGUUUCUCGCCACUCAGGAGGUGAUAAUGCGUGAUUAUGUUAUGCUGGACUUCAAGGAUGCCAUGGAGGCGAACGGGCAGCUCUUUGAGAACGCUGUGGUUCUCGAAAUUGGCUGUGGCAGCGCCCUUUUAUCCAUGUGGGCCGCUCGUUUGGGUGCCGCCCGGGUAAUUGCCCAAGAGCCAACUCCUGUGGCCCAGGUGGCCCGACAAUUGGUAAGCCAAAAUCAAUUGGAUCAUAUAAUUGAAGUGAUCGAAGGAGAUAUCAAAGAGAUUACCAUGCCGGUAAAUAAAUUUGAUGUUAUUAUAUCCAAAUGGAUGGGGGCUUGUCUCAUGUAUAAUAAAAGUUUGGAUGCGGUUCUCUAUGCCCGUGACAAGUGGUUGAAAUCGGAUGGAUAUAUCUUUCCUUGCAAUGCUCGUCUAUAUCUAACAGCUGCCACCGAGAAUCGAAACUAUGUGCCGCCCAAACGUUUUUGGUCACGAUUCGCCGGCUUGAAUAUGUCAUAUGCCAGUCAAAUUGUCCAACGUAUGCCAUUGGUAGCCGCAGUGCCUGCAGAUCAAUUGCUUGCCAAGAGUGAACUUCUCAAGACCUUUGAUCUGAUGACCUUAAAACGCAAUGAUCUCAGUUUUACAACGAAAUUUUGUUUGCCCAUUGUACGCAAAUGCAUUGCUCAUUGGUUUGUGGUUUACUUUGAGUUCGAUUUCCCUCAUAAUGAUGGGGUCAAAACUAUAUCGACCAGUCCCCUGGCCCCGUGUACCCAAUGGAAGCAGACACUCUUUCACAUCGACGAACAUUUGCCUUUGUGUGUGAAUGAUACGAUCAGUGGUUUAUUUGUGGUCAAACGUGGCGAUCGUCAUCUGGAUUUCGAUAUCAAUUGGAGAUGCCAAAAUGAUUUGAUUAACAUUCGUAUGCAUAAGCAAAUCUGUCGUAUGCAGGGUAAAGCUGCAAAUAUGUAAAAUACCAUUUAUAACUCAUUUAAUUUUUAUAACGAUUUUUAACAUGAAUAACAUUUUUGGUCUGUCGUUCUACAUGAGACAAA